UAAUAUUUUAGUAGAUAUAACGCAAAAAUUAUAUAGCAUAUAGCAUAAUUUGAAAAAAUUGUAAAGUUUUUGAAUUUUUCUACUUUUGUAAAGCAAGAAAAAAUCGAAAAACCAACCACUCAGUAUUUAAAAUAGUAAAUAGUCCUAUUGUCAGAAACAUUUGCAACUUUCUUGUAUUUACUGAAGAAAAAGAAAACAACAAAUGUGAAUUAUUUGCGUGUCGCAAAUUAAUACAAAAGAAAAUUACUAAAGGCGAAUAAACUCCUGAAUCUCACGCGCUAUGCUCCAUUUGCGUAAAGGACAUAAUGUUGUGGCGAAAGUGCCCGAUUUGUGGAGAAUACAACAGCUGUUAGCAUUUCGGGCAACGCUCUCCACUAGCGCCUAUGCGCUGCAACAGAAAACUGACGCUGGUGAACCAGCGCAAGCGAAUGUUCUGCGAAAGCGUAAGUUCAAGCCACAUGAACCUGAAAGUUCUGAAUCUAUCAUCAAACUACCUGAGCAGGCACGUGUCGUAAUCUGUGGCGGUGGCACUGUGGGUGCAUCGGUCGCCUACCAUUUGGCGCUACAAGGCUGGGGCAAAGACACUUUGCUUAUUGAACAGGACAAUGUGGGUGGUGGCAAUCCCUGGGCAGCUAGCGGCUUGGCUGGGCGUUUUGAGCCAAGUUACACAGAAUUGCGACUGGCCGAGUACUCAAUUGACUUGAUCAAAUCCUUAACAGCGCAAGGACUAGCCACGGGUUGGCAGCCAGUCGGCAGUUUAAAUUUGGCGCGUACUUUCGAUCGUAUGACGGUUUUCCAUCGCAUGCGUUCUCAGGGGCGCGCUUGGGGCAUCAAUUGCGAGAUACUCACAGCCGAACAAUGCAAAGAACGUUGUCCGUUGAUUGAGACGAGCGAUCUGGCUGGUGGAUUGUGGAUUCCCGAAGAUGGCGUUUGUGACCCGCAUAAAGUUUGCAUCUCGUUUGUUGAGGAAGCGCGUCGUUUGGGUGUGCAGGUGGUAGAACACUGUGCGGUGCUAAAGAUUAACAGUGCACAUGGAAAGGUGAGCCGCAUCGAGACUUCGGCGGGCGAUGUGCUGUGUGACUAUUUUGUGAAUUGUGCGGGAUUCUGGGCGCGUGGUGUGGGUACACUGUCAACGCCGCAAGUAAAGGUGCCACUGAAGGCCGUGGAGCAUCAUUACUUGCAUACCAAACCUAUUGAAGGGCUCGACCCGAUGACGCCAUUCGUACGCGACUUUGACGGGCGCGUAUAUUUCCGUGAGAAAAAUGGGCGCAUAUUGGCGGGUGGUUUUGAGCGCGAGGCAAAAAUGCUCUACGAAGAUGGCGUUAUACCGCUGUCGCAAAAAGAGCGCGAGCAGCCACCAGACUGGGAUCACUUUCACAGCCUACUCGAUGAGCUGCUGUAUCGCGUUCCAUUACUGAGGUCAUCGUUACUUGAUCGACUGACGAACUCGUUGGAAUCGUUUUCGCCAGAUUGUAAAUGGAUUUUGGGUGAAGCACCUGAAAUUCAAAAUUAUUAUGUGUCAGCGGGCAUGAAAACAAUAGGUGUUUCGGCCGCAGGUGGCAUUGGGCGCGUCAUCGCCGAUUUAAUAGUGAAGGGUUCAACGUUUCUGGAUUUACAUAUAUUGGAUAUAAGCCGUUUUCUGGGACUGCAUAACAAUCGAAAGUUUCUGCGUGAUCGCUGCAAAGAGGUGCCAGGCAAGCACUUCGAAAUCAAUUAUCCAUUCAAUGAGUUUCAAACAGGUCGCAAUUUGCGUAUGUCUCCAAUCUAUCCGGCGCUCAAGGAAGCAGGCGCAGUAUUUGGACAAACAAUGGGCUAUGAGCGACCAAACUUCUUCGAUCCGAAUGACAAGAUGGACGAGUUUGGCUUAACACGCUUUCGUACUGCCGAAACGAAAACUUUCGGCAAGCCGCCCUGGUUCGAUCAUGUCGCCAACGAGUAUAAUGCCUGUCGUGAGCGUAUCGGCAUCGCCGACUAUAGUUCGUUCACCAAAUACGAUCUAUGGUCGAAGGGACGUGAAGUAAUCGAUUUGUUGCAAUAUCUCUGCUCCAAUGAUGUCGAUGUGCCGGUGGGUGCAAUUAUACACACGGGCAUGCAGAACCAUUUGGGUGGCUAUGAGAAUGAUUGCUCGAUAGCGCGACUCUCCGAGCGACACUAUAUGAUGAUCGCGCCAACCGUGCAACAAACGCGCUCAAUCACUUGGAUACGCAAACAUAUGCCAAAUCAUUUACGAUCCGGUGUAAACGUAGCCGAUGUGACAUCAAUGUACACCGCCAUUUGUAUACUCGGCCCAUACACACGCAUUUUGCUCUCCGAAUUGACGGACACCGACUUGACGCCGAAAAAUUUCCCAUUCUUUACAUAUAAAGAACUCGAUGUGGGCUUGGCUAAUGGGAUACGCGUGCUAAAUAUUACCCAUACUGGCGAAUUAGGUUAUGUUUUGUAUAUACCAAAUGAAUUCGCGUUACAUGUUUACACACGUUUGUAUCAAGCUGGACAAAAAUUUGGCAUACAUCAUGCAGGCUACUAUGCCACGCGCACAUUGCGUAUUGAAAAAUUCUAUGCCUUCUGGGGUCAGGAUCUGAACACAUUUACCACACCGCUGGAAUGCGGACGUAGCUGGCGUGUCAAAUUGAAUAAACCCAUCAACUUUAUUGGCCGCGAUGCGCUGCUUAAGCAACGCGAAGAGGGCGUCAAGCGCAUGUAUGUCCAGCUGCUACUUAACAAUCACGAUCAUGAAGUGGAUUUGUGGUGUUGGGGUGGUGAACCCAUCUAUCGUGAUGGCACAUAUGUAGGCAUGACCACCACCACCGGUUAUGGCUUCACAUUCAAGAAGCAAGUUUGCCUCGGCUUUGUGCGUAAUUUCGCCGAAGAUGGCACGGAAUUACCGGUGACAAAUGAAUAUAUUCUUUCCGGCCACUAUGAGGUGGAAGUAGCGGGCAUACGUUUCGAAGCGAAAGUCAAUUUGCAUUCACCCAAUUUGCCAACGAAAUUCCCCGACAAAGAGCGUGAGGCCUAUCAUGCGACACGGGACAAGCAAGGGCAGGCGGAUUUAUUGUCCUACGAGACGAAAUACUGAACGAAAUGAACUAGAAGCUUAAAUGAUUAGAGAAGGCAGAAAAUAUAUACGACAAGGGACACUGUGUCGCUAGAACUGGUUAUUAGUUUAUUGUAUUGUAUUAUUGUAUAUGAAUUAAUUUUAUUUUCAUUACGACUUCCUUAAUUUUAAUUUUUAUCCUGUUAUUGCCUAGUUUAUUUAGCAAGUUUUAGUAAUUUAGUGUUUAUUUAGCCAGGUAUGACUUGUUCCUUAUAAAUUUUUAUUUACGCGCCUUAGGAAUAAUUAAAUGUUAUAUUAUAUUAUGAAAUCGUGUUGAUAUUUUUAAAUCUCAAAUAUACUGAUUUACACAUCAGUUAUAUACUUAUACAGUUGUUCGAACUAACCACCCAGAUUUUUUUUUUUUUAAGUUUUUAAUUACUUCAAAAUAUGCAUUAUACAUAAAAAAUUAAGACAUUAUUGGAAUCGAAAAAGUCUGCUACGAGCAUUUCAUUUACGAAACAACAAAUCGAAAUUUUUUCCAAAAUAUACAGUCUAGCAAUUUGUAGGCUUAAAUUUGAUAUUAGCAAUUAUAUUAAAAAAAAACUAAUACUGCAGCUCAAUUAAUUACAAAAGACCUGUUGAAACAUUUU